GAGCAGAGAGCUCAUCCGGCGCAUUGAGGGACGUCCAGGUCCUCAUCUGCGCUCUGUACAGCAUCAGCACCAGCCGCUGCGUGAGAAACAACCCGAGUCGCAUCCCCGCGGAGAGCAGCACCGCGUGCGCUUCAUUCAAUCUGGAGCGUCAGAUGGUGCAAGAUGCACCGCUUCUUUGUCCUACUCUACACCCGGACAAUGCAAGUUAACGCUGCAAGGGACUAAUAGCCUAGUAGUUGAGGGACCCGUUUCAGCUGCACUGUAAGGUUUCUACAGGACGCGCGCUUGGAUUAUUGUCCUUCUCGCGCAUUUCCUGCUGGACAGCUAAACACGCGCACCGCGGGCUUCCAGAGAAAUAAAGCGAAUCAUUGCUGUUUAAAAUGUGUUAAUUCGGUUUUCUUUUUCGCGAGGGAGGAGCAAAGAGAGCGUAAACAACACUGGGUGGCUUUGUUUCAGAGACACGGACCCGUGGAAGAUCACACUGGCAUGUCUUUCAGUGCCGGAUUUGGAGCUACCGUUAUUUCUCCACUAACUUAGGGAAGUGUUGUUCGUAUCUAUUUGACUUGGCAUAAGAGCCCAGUUCUACUUUUCUAACAAACACAUGUAGUUUUCUUCAUAUCUUCGCUUGGGAUGCUUUCAUCGGAAGGGCGUAUUUGAUUCGCGUCUAUCGCCUUUGGAGUGAAGAAAGACCCCUUUAAACCCGUUGCCUCGGCGUUAUCUGGAGGAGUAACAGCGAUCCACGUGGAAACACGGACUCUAAGGAGGGCAAAAUGGGCUGUUGCAGUGGUAGAUGCACGCUGGCAUUUAUAUGUGGCAUGCAGUUGAUCAGCAUUCUGGAGAGACAGAUAUUUGAUUUCCUUGGAUACCAGUGGGCUCCGAUCCUCACAAACUUCAUCCAUAUCAUCACAGUGAUUCUAGGCCUCUUUGGGACAGUACAGUUCAGGCCACGAUAUGUGACUGGGUAUGCAGUCUGGUUGGUGCUGUGGGUCGCCUGGAAUGUCUUCAUCAUCUGUUUCUAUUUGGAAGUGGGUGACCUUUCAAAGGACACGGACCUGAUUAUGACCUUCAACAUCUCCAUGCAUCGCUCCUGGUGGAUGGAGAACGGCCCGGGGUGCAGGGUGACCCCCGUGACCCCUCCUCCCUCCUGGGCCCCAGAGGACCACCGCUACAUCAGCAUCGCCGGCUGCCUGCUGGAGUACCAGUAUGUGGAGGUGGCCCACAGUUCCUUGCAGAUUAUCCUAGCUCUUGCUGGGUUCAUCUAUGCCUGUUAUGUUGUGAAGCUGAUUUCAGAAGAGGAGGACAGCUUUGACUUUAUAGGAGGGUUUGAUUCGUACGGUUACCAAGGGCCGCAGAAGACGUCACAUUUGCAACUACAACCAAUGUACAUGGCAAAGUAAAAGGACAACUGCCUAAUCAGCCAAUCAAAACAACGAACUGAACGAACUGAUGUUUGGACUUGUCUUUCUACAUAAAUAUCUUAACAUGAUAGUGUCUUACAAACAGUCGGAGGAACACAGAACCGACGCUUUAACUUCAAAGACUCCAAGUGGAUUUUCUUUGUCUAUGCCCAGAGCACUGGCUUCAGGCGCGAGAGAGCCCUCGUGUGGAGAAACCCCUCAGCAGACUCUCAUCAUUGAGGCCAUUAGCAGUGCAAAACGGAGGAGCAGAUUGAGCGGAAAUAUCUGCAAUAAGAAAGACAUGGAAUCGUGCAAUGGACCGAGCGGAUAUAGUGUCAGUGUCUCCAACUGGCUUUCACGGAAACCAUCCAUACUUAAAGAAUGUUCAUUAACUAGUCCGUAUGAUAUUAGUUAUCUACUCCUACAAUCUUUCAAAUGGUGACUGGAGUCGAGAGUCAUUAUUCCAGUUGUGUUUACAAAGGGUCAUUCCAAGCACUGGAAGUACCGUCGAUGUUUAAUUGCAUCCCAAGUAGUUUUUCUUCUUUCUCCUGGAUGUACUUGUCUUGAAAGUGCCAAGAACAGUUACGAAAACAAAAACAAAAAAAACAAAUAAAGAAAUCAGUAGCUGCUAAGAGAUUCAUAUUUUUUGGAGUUAAAUGAAAGUUAAAAGAAAAUAUGAUUUUAUCCGCUCAACGUCACCAUGGGAUCAGCCGUAUUUGUUUGCAUGCGGUGUCAAAAUCUGUCGCGUAUUUAAUAUCUUUCAGCUAGACAUAGGCCGACCUUAGAUGGGGUAGCAGUCACUCCAAAAGGUUACUUGUGAAUAUUGUUGUUUUUUAAGACGGUGUUGAGUCUUGUUAACAAGAUAACGGAUAGAAAACCAAUUGUAACUUCUUUCUAUUUUAAGCCUUUUUUAACGUGUGCAGGUGUUCACUCUUUUGUAGUAGACUAAUAAUUUAUUAUGCCGUGUAAGUGGGCCUUUCUUUUCGAUAUUCCUGUACAUAUUGAGAGAGGUAGGGAUAGAGAUGCAGUAUUUCUAGUGAUGUGAUGUGUCGAGGAGGUGUGUGAACGAGUCUAAUCGGGUUAGAACGCUUUGUUUUGUGUAGUAACAGGAGCCCAAGAAUAAUGACUUCUCAACGCAGUUGUUCCCCAACUUUUAAGCGAGAGGUUAGAAUUGCGCUGAUGCCGAAGCUAUUCAGGUGUUCCCCUUGAUUUAGCUGUGCUGUAUGGCUUCUUUUGUAACCUGCCUCCCGAAUGAAUACCAACAAAGAGUUUUUUAAAGCUGCACUUUCAAUCGCAUAAAAUACUGUGCAUAUUGUAGCCCUUGGAUGAUGCGUGAAAGCAUGAAAUGUCUUCAUUUUGGUCAAACAGCCAUGCCAAACACAGCUGAAUAAUGCUUUUCCCCCUCCUUCAACUGAUAAUGGAUAAUGAAAUAUGUAUUUCUCCACUGUAUAUAAUCUUUUCCCUUAAACUGAUUCUGGUAACUGUGUGGAGUUAACGUAUAUCUGCGGUUUGUGGAAUUUUCUGAGAGAAAGUGCCUAAAAUGACAUCCUGUUAACAUUCCAAUAAAUGGCAAUCUGCUCUCACCCAGUACAUAAACAGAGGGUCUGUCUGAGCUGUGUUUAAUCAAACCCCUUGUGGACUGCACUGGGAAAGCUAAGUGGCUUUGAUAAUUAAUAAAGAUAUUUUAGCCGCACCACUCUCCAGACCUCACUGGCAAAUAAUUCCCUGCAGUCUUUUGCUGCAAUCUUUCUGCAUCCGACUCAGUACGGAGAGAUAAAUGUUAGUUUGGGUAAUGCAAUUAAUAAGAAUGAUGGCACUAGAAAAGGAAAGCUGUAUGGGUAUGUCUCACGGAACCUUUCAAGAACAUAUCUGAGGUUCUACUGUAUUUCAUCCCCGAAGUCAAAAAAUAUAUUUUGCCUUAUUUUAUUUUGCCCAUUUUUUAUUACAUGAGAAUAUUACAGUAAUGAGAUAUUGACAAUGACCAUGAAGAAUAUUUGGAUUUUUAAAAAUAAAACAAAAUAGUUAUUAGAAAAAACAUUAUAACAAUAGUGUUACAAAAGAUAUUAAAUGUCUUUUAAUUAAAAAAAUAUUGAUUUUGAUUUUUAAAUUACUUAAGGGCUAUUAAGGUCCUAUAUAUAUAUAUAUAUAUAUAUAUAUAUAUAUAUAUAUAAUUUUAGGACCAUUGAGAUUAUCAAGGCGUUUACAAAAGUGUUGAAUAUUAAUAUCUUAAAUAUCUUAGUCCUGAAUAUCUUAAUGGAACACCUUUAAUAUAUCCUUUGAAAGGUCUUUAAGAGAUUUGCCCAUGUAAUUGCAAUUGUUUAAAGGUUUUUGAUUGCCUCGACAAAGAUGAGCAGAUUCCAGAAUAGCGAGACUUAUAUCAUGUUUAACUGACUUUCAAGACAUUUGUAAAUACAUCCUGAAUCAACAUGGUGCUUGAUUAGACUUUAUUAUAUUAAAUAAACAGGGCAAAGUUAAGGCAAAAAAAAAAAAAGUUCUUGCUCUCAAUAUACUUGCAAGGCACUGUCUAAGCUUACGUGAGAUUAACCCUGCAUUAAUACAUGCAAAACAAGACUGUCAAAUUUGACUAUCAUACAGUAAUUAUGAGCUGAAAGAAACCUGAAUGAAAAUGAAUACCCUCCAAGUUCAGGAAAUCUUGCAUGAUGCUUCUACCCUGGAGUGUAUGUGAUGUCACCAUGACAAUGCUCUUACCAAAACUGUAAAUAAAAAAAUAUGGAUUUAGAAAUUAGUUGAAAUUCUUGUGGAGUGUACAACAUGGUCCGAACGAAAUCACAAAUCUAGCUUUUAUUUGACAAUACAUUGUAAGAGUAGCUUAACCAUUCUCGUUAAUUAAAUGGUCAACUAUGAUAUUCUAAAACAAAAGACACUCAUGGUAGAAACUGUGCUUUAAGCAGCUUUCCAGGUUGUUUUUAUUGGGUUCAGUGCUGAGUUUUGAAUAGAUAAGCCUUUUCUAUUUCUGUUACCUUUAAAGAAUGACUGUAAAUAAAUCCAGACUGUGUCAAUGACUCUUUA